AGUUCCUCUGCAAAACCAUCGUAAUAAUCAUGCCAAACUGUCCAAAUUGCCAAAAACCUGUAUACUUCGCUGAACGAGUUUCCUCUCUAGGAAAAGAUUGGCACAGACCAUGCUUGAAAUGUGCAAAUAAAGCAUGCGGGAAAACAUUAAGUGCUGGAAGUCAUUCAGAGCACGAGGGUAAACCUUAUUGCAAUCGUUGUUAUGGCGCUCUUUUCGGACCAAAAGGAUACGGUCACGGAGGAACUGAAUCACACACUUUCCUUCAAGGAACUACUGGAAAUUAAAAUUCAUAAUUUCGUUUGCCUGUUUUCCAAAGAUGCUUCAAGCUCACAUUCAUCGCCUACUACGACUUCAUAAUGUCAAUUAUCUGGCCUAGCAAACUUUUCAAAAUAAAAUAUUUUUACUGC